AGCAUGAGGUCGCCCUAUUUCCCAGCGAGGACGGUGCUUUUCCACAAGGAGCCAAACGGAGUGACGUACAGGGUCCCUGCACUGCUCUACCUGACCCGCUCCAGAUCCCUCCUUGCCUUCUGUGAGGAGAGACUCAGCCCGUCGGACUCUCAGGCUCACCUGCUGGUGAUGAAGAAAGGCACUUUCUACAGGAACUAUGUGGAGUGGGAGGACAUGCGAGUCCUGGGCUCUGCCUUCCUCCCAGGCCACCGGUCCAUGAACCCAUGCCCGGUGUACGAUGAGUUCACAGGUACUCUCUUCCUUUUCUUCAUCGCUGUUCUCGGCCACACCUCAGAGUCCUAUCAGCUGGUGACGGGGAAGAACGUGACCCGUCUGUGCUACAUCUGCAGCACUGACGACGGAGACACCUGGAGUCCUGUCACCGACCUAACCAAGAGGGUCAUAGGAGAUACAAUCAAAGAAUGGGCCACUUUCGCUCUCGGCCCGGGCCACGGCAUCCAGCUGAAGUCUGGUCGUCUGCUGAUUCCUGCCUACGCUUACCACAUCGAGUGCAAAGAGUGCUUCGGACAGCUCUGCCUGACCACUCCCCACGCCUUCUGCUUUCACAGUGACACCCACGGGCGAACAUGGCGUUUUGGGGAGGCGGUGCCAGGGCCGGAGAGCGUGGAGUGUCAGAUGGUGUCCGUGGAUGAAGAGGAUGGGACUAAUGUGUUGUACUGUAAUGCACGCAGCCCUCUCGGAUACAGGGUGCAGGCCCUCAGUCUGGAUGACGGAGCCGUGUUCCAGGAGGGGCAGCUGGUGCAGCGGCUGGUGGAGCCUCGAAAUGGUUGUCAUGGUAGCACUGUGGGAUUUCCUGCCCCGUUACAUUUAUGUCAUUCUCUUAACCAUCACUUACGCCAACCUAUACAACACUCCAGACACUGGACAUCUUGCAUGACUUACUCAAAUCACACCAACUCACCCUCUCCAAACAUCACCACUUCUGAUUCGCCCAGUCAUAGUGCCCCUCCAGACUUCCUCACCCCCACCUGGGUGGUAUACUCCCACCCUACAUGGACCACCGCCCGCAAGGAUCUGGGCGUGUUCCUCAGCCUAUUUCCCCGUGAUCCAGACAGUUGGCGUGGGCCCUGGGUGAUCUACGAGGGCCCCAGCGCCUACUCUGACCUCGCCUAUCUAGAGUUGCCCCCCUCACCCGGUGCACCGCCAGCUGUGGCCUUCGCCUGCCUGUUCGAGUGCGGUGCCAAAACAGCCUACGAUGAAAUCUGCUUCUGCAUCUUCACUCUCUACGAGCUUAUUGAUAAUCUGCCCCGAAAUGUGCAGCUGGGAAAUAACAACAGUGAAUACGAAAGACAGCAGAACCAAGUGUCUGAGACAAGUCGGAGUUAUACAAGUAGACAUGAUGCUCAAAGUCAGCACCAGGCACCAGUUUUCCAUCAGGUGAAGAAAAGGAAAAAGAAGAGCAAGUUGACUGAGAUGUGCUCUGUGUCCUAA